AUGAGCACAUUCAACUAUGUAGCAUCGGCUCAAGCUCCUACUGCAGUCAAUGCAGCUGUCAAGGGCAACUUUAUCGUCAAAGAUAGAAUCGACUUGAUCGUCAGCAAGGAGACUUUUGUCGAAGUAUACAACAUUGAGAACGAUUUAUUGUCAUUGGUCUAUCAAUUCAACUUGUACGGAAGGAUCGAGGCGUUGGAGACUUGUCAAAUGCAGGGUCGCGAUACGUGCUCGUUGUUCAUCUUUACAGACCAAGGCCGCUAUUGUAUCCUAAGUUACGACCCGAUCCAGUCAACCAUCAUCACCGAACAACAUGGUCAUCCAGGUCAUCAUCCUGCUCGAUUGGCUGAUGAUAUCUUUGUGAGAACGAUCGGCCGAGAGCGCAAUCUUGUGGUAGCAAGUAUUUAUUCGGGUUUAUUACAUGUCUUUCCUAUCGCUCCUACUCCUUCCGGCAAAGGCAAAGCAAAAGCCGUGAAUACCUUACGUCCAGAGCCCUUUGCAAUCAGGAUCGACGAAUUUUUGAUUUUAUCCUUGGUUGCUCUCGACAAUGAACCCGAACCGACCAUUGCCGUCCUAUACGCCAACGAGAGAAAACGACGUUUCAUCAAGACAUAUCAACUCAACCUGAAAAUCAAAUCGAUCAAUGAGCAAGCAUUGGGAUAUACAUCCAAUGCACGUGACAGCGAUUAUCUGCUCCUUCCCAUGCCAGCUCCUUACUUUGGCUUUUGCGUCAUCAGCGAUAGUAUCAUCACUUGCCACGACAAGAGAGCACCGCAAAACUCAAAAUCUACGAGUAUCAAUUUCACCAUCAUGACAGCACAUAGCGAGUUUACCAUGGGCGAGGAGGAAAACAGUAUACAAUGCUUCCUGAGUGAUACGUCACGUGUUUUGUAUGUUUUACGUAUAUGGUUCAACACAAAUGGCACGGCUGUUCGCAUUGCAUUGGAGUCCCUUGGCAUGGCGGUGAGAGCAUCAGCUAUUGUGCCGUUACCGAAUGAUCGUCUGUUCCUUGGCUCCGCACAAGCAGAUUCAACCUUGAUCAAGUUGGACAGCAAGCCGAUCACCGUGUUGGAUGAACUCUUAAGCUUGGCACCGAUUGUGGAUUUUUGUUUGUUUGACUUGGACAAGCAAGGAAGACAAACAAUGGUGUGUUGUUCAGGAGCAGACAAUAAUGGAUCCCUACGCAUGGUUCAAGAUGGUGUUGGAUUUUUACCAAAAACGGAGCUUUUGAUGCCAGGGAUCAAGGGUGUUUGGACGUUAAAGCAAAAAGGGGAUUCAAGCAUUGAUAAUACGAUGGUGAUUUCCACUGUGCAUGGUACGCGUAUCCUUUACAUUGAGCCUGGGACGGAUAUUGUGGAGGAAUUAUCAGAGUUCUCAGCACUUAAGAUGGAGGAGUCAACCUUGGCGAUUGAUCAAGUCGACAACAUCAUCAUUCACGUGACGCCAUCAGGUGUGAGAUUGGUGGAAAAUGAGCCAAAGGGUGCGUUAUUGGAUGAAUGGCGACCAGCUCCAGAUCAAGUCAUCACGGUGGCUGCUGUGAAUCGAAUGCAAUGUGUCCUUUCUUCUGGGCGUGGUGAAUUGCUAUACAUUGAGGUCAAAAAUAAUCGCUUGGUAUAUGAUGAGUCAAAGGUGCUGGAUCAUGAAAUCUCAUGCUUGGAUAUAAGUCAUUUUGAGAAAAGCUACGUGGCUGUUGGUCUAUGGGGUGGACAACAUGUACAAGUGCUUCGGUUACCCGAUCUAUCCAAAGUUGCCCAAGACACGUUCACUGAGACCCUGGUGCCUCGUUCAGUCGUCCUUGCCGAACUCGAACAUGUACAAUAUUUGCUGCUGACUCUGGGUGAUGGCCAGCUGGUGUAUUAUCGUCUUGGAAAGAAAGGUCUCGUUGACAGAAAGCAGCUUACAUUGGGCACCCACAGUGUUUUCCUCCACAAGCUGAUGCACAAUGGUCGCCCUUGCAUAUUUGCGGCAUCGGAUCGACCUACCAUGAUCACCAGUGAGAACAACAGACUUACUUUUUCGGGCGUAAAUUUGCAGGAGAUUCGAGGCUGCAAGGAAUUUAAUAAUCCGAUCCAUCAAGGUGUCAUUGUCGCUACCGACAAAAGUCUUGUUUUUGGUCGUAUCAACCCUGUACGAAAGCUGCAUAUCACAAAGGUGCCCCUUGAGAAUGAGACAGCUCGCCGAGUGCUAUACCAUGAGGAGACAAAGACCAUUGCUGUUGGAACAUCCACUGUCAAGCGUAACAUUGAUGAUGGCUCUGAAUCAUAUACAGGGUGGUUACGGAUAUUCGACGCUCGUACGCUUCAAGAGUUGAGCGCUUAUAAUCUUCUUCAACACGAAGUGGUGGAAAGCAUGUGCUCUAUAUACAUGGCAGAACUUGAAUCGGAGGUGGUCUUUGUUGGAACAGCCAUUGUCAGUGAGCAGGAUAAGGAUCAGCUUCCAGGACGUGUACUUGCUUUUCAAGUGAUGCCCAAUUACGAAUACAAGCUAUUGGAUGCAGCGAAUGUUGCUGGCGUAGUAUACAGCAUGAGGCCCUAUCUUGGCUCUAUCAUCAUGUCGGUGAAUGGAUCGCUGUACUUUUUAGAGAGUUUCAAACAAGAUGAAGAUAGUGGAAAGAAGCUUAGGCUGGCUCCAAAGCUUCAUGCGAAUAUGAUUGCUCUCAGCUUGGAUACCCGUAACGACAUACUCCUGGUUGGCGAUAUGAUCCACUCCAUGAGUAUCAUCAAGCCUGAUGAUUCUGCUGAACGACGACUGAAAAAGGUGGCGAGCGAUUACAACCCGAAUUACAUGCAAACGGUCAAGAUACUAAGAGAGGAUCUCUAUCUCGGUGCUGAUUCCAGUUACAACUUUUUUAUCCUUCGACAAAUGUCCGAAGAUGCAAGACGAUUGGAAAUUGUAGGAGAAUAUCAUCUUGGCGAGCUUGUUAAUUGCAUUAAGCAAGGCUCUAUAUCACGGCAACCCUCUGAUAUUGGGGACACUGGCAGAUUAUUGUAUGGUACGGUUGGAGGAUCUAUUGGAGCGAUCACACCUUUGGAACAAGAUCAAUACGAAUUCUUAGCGGUGGUGCAGCAGAACAUUUUAAAUAUUCGACCCAGCAUUGGCAACUUGGAGCAUCGUGUUUGGAGAAUGUUUCAAAAUGGAAUACGAAAGGCAGACUCGCACAACUUUAUAGAUGGCGAUUUGAUAGAAAGUUUUCUACAGCUAUCUUACAUGGAGAAGGAAAUGGUAGUCAAAGGCAACAAUGGAGGCAGUUUACUUCCCUGUGAUGUGGACAAGCUACAAACUAUUAUCGAGGAGCUAGCAAAUAGUCGAUAG